AUGUUCGAUUGCCACGCCUGCCUACGGCAAUGCCUGCGCGUCCUCUCGCCAGAUACACUCCCUAUAUCUCGUCUCGGCCUCCGCCAUCGCGCUGGCUUCCUCAGCUCGCGCCACAGACUGGUGCUACGAAGCCGUGGCUACGCAACAGCCUUCCCUAGACGUGUUCCCUCUACCUUCUCGGCGCAGGCGGUCGUAGAGGAGGGCGAGCCAUGGAGAGGGUCGAAACAAGCAGAGGAGCAGAAGCAGCUCGCAACUGCAACGGUCAAGCGUGAUCGGGACGCAGUCAAGGAUGAGAGGGCUCUCAGGAAGGAGCUGGAGUAUCUGAAGGAUCCGCUCGAGCUGGCGAACUAUGUGCGGAAGAUACUGGCGCAGGGCAAGGAACAAAAGGCGGCAGACAUCGUACAGCUAGCGAGCAAGGAUAGGCAGUGCACUGUCAGCUGGAACCAUCUCAUAGACUAUGAGAUGAGCAAGGGGAGGGUCAAUGCAGCAUUCAAGACAUAUAACGAUAUGAAGAAGCGCGCCCAGACACCAGAUUCAUACACGUACCUCCUCCUCUUCCGCGGGCUUGCGAACAAUGCGCAACUACCAUCAACAGUGGGAAGGGCGUUGGCGCUGUUCCACUCCAUGUCUGCAGAAAAUUCCAAGGUCCAGCCAACUACACUGCACACGAACGCGGUCCUGAAGGUAUGCGCUCGAGCGGGGGACAUGGAUGCAAUGUGGGGAGUCGCAUCCAACAUACCAGAACGAGGAGCCGGCGCAGCCGACAACCUCACCUUCACAACCAUACUUAAUGCUGUCCGGCAGACUGCGCUGGGUAACACACCGAAAGAGUACACUGAGGAUCAGAUCGCACGCCUUCUUGACAAGUCGGUUGUGGAUGCCCGGCGCAUUUGGGAAGACAUCGUCGGCAAGUGGCGCAAAGGCGACAUCUUCAUCGAUGAGGAGAUUGUUUGCGCUAUGGGUAGGGUACUACUCAUCGGCAGCCGGCCACGCGACUGGGACGAUGUGCUUUCUCUCAUCGAGCAGACUAUGAACAUCCCACGCCUCAUGCCACGCCUGGGCACCGAAGCCCGCGCCCUCGCACCUAUACCUCGAAUCCGCGCGCCUCACACGCCUGCCGACAUGAAGAACGACAACCACGAGUUGCCGACCGAUGAGCCCGUGAGAGGCGAUGAGUUCAACGCAGUCGACAUUUCCCAAAGCGUCGGCCGCAAAGGCCGCUCAAUCGCCUACGCCGAACCAGGCCGCAACACGCUCUCCCUGAUUCUGGAAGCCACCCUCAAGACCGUGGCCAAGCAGGCCGCCAUCGGCUACUGGAACCUCCUGACCGGUCCGGAGUACAACGUCAAGCCCGACCUCGAGAACCUACACUCGUAUCUAAGACUGCUGCGCCAAUCGCGGUCCUCUGCCGAAGCGCUCGCUGUCGUCAAGAACGACAUGCACAGCCGCGGCCUCCCCCUGCUGCGCAAGACAUUCCGCAUCGCAAUGAGCACGUGCGUGCGCGACAAGAACAACCCGAACGCCAUGGACACGGCUGGGCAACUGCUCGACCUGAUGGCCAACACGCUCGACCAGGUAGACGUGAGGACGCUCGAUAUGUACAUGGAGCUCGCGUCCUCGGCGCGGAACGGCAAGGACGUGCUGCGCGCGCUGAACCGGCUCGAACCGAGCUACAUCAACCUGCGGAGUAUGGUCAAUUUCGGGAUUAAAGCCCCGAUGGCGCCGGGGCCGGGAUUAAAGCCCGGCGCGAACAGGGGGAGGAGCGUUGAGAGGAACAUGAGUACAGAGGAGACGGAGGCGGCGUUGGGGGUGGUGAAGAAGAUGAUCAGAUGCUACGAUCGCUUGAUGAAUAGGGGAGAGGUCGAGAGGGAGAUGUACGGUGAGUUGACGCAGAGAAGGAGCAAACUUGCGGCGUGGGUCUCGCGGCGGGCCAAUCGGGCUGAUGAGUGGAAGAAGAAGGCGGAGUUCGAGCCCAAGAAGUCGAGCAGAGACAGAAGGCAGAGGAGAGGUGAGGAGGAGGCGGAGGAGUCGGGGCUCAUGACGACGGCGUUGUAA